CUCUUACAACCACCUCGGUAGCCUGUUAGCCAACAUAAAACUGAAAGAUUUAUUCUUUAGACCAUGUUAUCCUACAUUAGCUAAUCUCAGUGUGUUAGACAAAUUUCGGUUGACGUAUCUACUGGUGAACGUUAACCUAAUGUGCUUGUUCAAUUUGCAAACUUGUUAAAGAUUGAUACUGAGGUUAGCACUAGGCUAGUCGCUAAUGCUAGCUAGCUAGAUAACAUCCCUGACCAUGAGCUCACUGAACUACUCCUCCCUUGCUAAUGAAGAGGAGGUCUGCUUUACGGAGAAAGAAUCUUUCAGAAUUAAAAAGGAGGAAGAGGAGGCUGUUAUAGUGAAAGAAGAGAAAGAACCUUUUAGAGAGGAAGAUGAUGCUAUCUUAAUAAACGUGAAGGAGGAAGACGUUUUGAGAGUGAAAAAGGAGGAGACAGAAGAUCCGAUUGACACCAGAGAGAGACAUGACUAUGGUGGAUCCUCUGCGGAGCCUCAACAACAUCCUGAUGCUGACGAGGCAGAGAAGAGUCUCUCCAGAUCAGAACACCAGAUGGACAACGCUAGCCCUUCCAGCCUCCCGGAGUCCAUGUGUCGUGCCUCUCCCGGUCGCACCUUACUGCUGGGUAUGAAGAGGUUGUCUGUGAUGCUGGUGGACUGCAGGAAAACAACGGGGCUGAGUGGAACUGUGAGAGGAGGAGAAGAGAUGAAAGGAUCAGAUUUGACUCAUCAAAGAGAAAGACCAGACUCAGAGGAACCAGAGCCAGGGACGUCCAAACCAACAAGAAGACACCAGUGUUCCCACUGUGGAAAGGGUUGUAACCACUUAAAUGAGCUUAAACGACAUCAGAGAAUACACACAGGGGAGAAGCCUUACCACUGCUCCCAGUGUGGAAAGGGUUGUAAUGAUUUGGGGAAGCUGAAACGACACGAGAGAAUACACACAGGGGAAAAGCCUUACCACUGCUCCCAUUGUGGAAAGCGUUUUAACGAUUUGGGGAAGGUGAAACGACACGAGAGGAUACACACAGGGGAGAAGCCAUACCAUUGCUCCCACUGUGGAAAAUGUUUCAACCAGUUAGGGACCCUGAAACAGCACAAGAUAAUACACACAGGGGAGAAUCGUUACCACUGCUCCCAGUGUGGAAAGGGUUUUCACGAUUUGGGGAAGCUGAAACGACAUGAGAGAAUACACACAGGGGAGAAGCCUUACCAAUGCUCGCAAUGUGAAAAGAUGUAUAGUGAGAAAGGACACCUGAAAGCCCAUGAGAAAAUACAUACAGGGGAGAAGCCUUACCAAUGCUCACAGUGUGGAAAGUGUUUCACCUGGGCAGGGUAUCUGAAAAAACACGAAAGAAUACACACAGGGGAGAAGCCUUACCACUGCUCCCAGUGUGGCAAGGGUUUCAACGGGGCAGGGGAUCUGAAAAAACACGAAAGAAUACAUACAGGAGAGAAGCCUUACCACUGCUCCCGCUGUGUCAAGUGUUUUAACCAGUUAGGGGCCCUGAAACAGCACGAGAGAAUACACACAGGGAAGAAGCCUUACCACUGCUCCCAGUGUGGCAAGUUUUUUAACCAGUUAGGGACCCUGAAACAGCACAAGAUAAUUCACACAGGGGAGAAGCCUUACCACUGCUCCCAGUGUGGCAAGUGUUUUAACCGGUCAGGACACCUGAAAGCCCAUGAGCUAGUACACACAGGGGAGAAGCCUUACCACUGCUCCCAGUGUGGCAAGUGUUUUAACCAGUUAAGGACUCUGAAACGCCAUGAGCUAGUACACACAGGGGAGAAGCCAUACCACUGCUCCCAAUGUGGCAAGUGUUUUAACCAGUCAGGACACCUGAAAGCUCAUGAGCUAGUACACACAGGGGAGAAGCCUUACCACUGCUCCCAGUGUGGCAAGUGUUUUGGCCUGUUAGGGAAUCUGAAACAGCAUGAGCUAGUACACACAGGGGAGAAGCCUUACCACUGCUCCCAGUGUGGCAAGUGUUUUAACCAGUUAGGGAGCCUGAAACAACAUGAGCUAGUGCACACAGGGGAGAAGCCAUACCACUGCUCCCAGUGUGCCAGGUGUUUCAACCGGUCAGGACACCUGAAAGCUCAUGAGCUAGUACACACAAGGGAGAAGCCUUAACACGGUUCCCAGUGUGGAAUAAGUUUUAACCAGAAAAACAGCCUGAACCAACAUGAGAAAAUACACAGAGGUCAGAUGCAUUACCACUCCUCCCAGGGUGCAAAGCAUUUGCCCAUUUAGGAAGCCUGAAAGAGCAUGACACAGAGGAGAAAGCUUACAAAAGCUUAGCCUUUGGAAAAACAUAUUACUCAUAAUCACUUAAACGUCAUUAGAGAAUCCACACAGGAGAGAGAAAUUACUUCUCUUAGCAUGUAUAUUGAUAUUUCACAUCUCAUUUUUCUUACAAUUCUUCAGAGAACAUACACAGUGAUCCCGUUGUCUUAUAUUGUUGCCUUAUGUGUUUACCUGUUUUUACCAGAUGAAAUUGCUUCUUCCAAUUAUUGAUAAACAUGUACUGACUGUUAGAACUGUUCCAUGGAUUGAUGAGGAAUUUAAAAACUAUGUUUGAAAGAGUUGUGGCAAAAGGAGUGGCUAAUAAGUCUGGCUGCACAUCUGGCUGGUUUACAUACUGCAAACUGAGAAAUGAUGUGACCAAACUCAACAAAAAUAAUCAACUUUAUUAGGAAGCCAAGAUCAAUGAUAUAAAGAAUGAUGGAAAAAAACAUCAUGAAAGAAAAGCAGUGCAAGUUAUGAAUUUUGUAAAGUUAGUGUGGGAGAGGUGGAAAAAUUGUUAUCGAUCAAUAAUGACAAACCUCCUGGCAUUGACAACUUAGGAGUGGCUAUAGAGUCAGCUACUGUCCUCAGUAGCUUUCCAUCUAUCUGUCAUAUUUUUAAUAUGAGCCAAGAGGAAAGUUUUUGUUCUCAGGCCUGGAGGGAAACCAAAGUAAUUCCACUACCCAAGAGUGGUAAAGCGGCCUUUACUGGUUCUAACAGCAGACCUAUAAGCUUGCUGCCAGCUCUUAGCAACCUAUUGGAAAACAUUGUGUUUUACCAAAUGUAAUGCUAUUUCUCUGUAAACAAAAGAACAGACUUUCAGCAUACUUAUAGAGAAGGGCACUCAACAUGUACUGCACUAACACAAAUGACUGAUGAUUGAUUGUGAGAAAUUGAUAACAAGAAGAUUGUGGGAGUUCUAUUGUUAGAUUUCAGUGCAGCCUUUGAUAUUAUUCACCAUAACCUGUUGUUUAAGAAUGUUUGUGCUUUGGCUUUUCAACCUCUGCCAUAAUGUGGAUUCAGAGCUGUCUAUCUAAUAGAAAUCAGAGGGUUUUUAAUGGAAGCUUCUCUAAUGUCAAACAUAUGAAGUGUGAUGUACCACAGGGCAGCUCUCUAGGCCCUCUACUCUUUUCUAUUUUUACCAAUGGCCUGCCACUGGCAUUAAACAAAGCAUGUGU